AAAUAAUCAAAGGAGUCUGUUUAUAUGCCAUAGCGGUGAGUUUAGUCGUUCAUAACCCAGUUCAGUCGUCAGAAGUGUUGUAGCAACAAUUGCCGUCAACCGUACUGUCUACUUGGCACAAACUCAGACAACGACGUUGGCAACCAAAUGAUCAAAAACACCAAGAUAACGUCAUCUGCAUCCCCGACAAACACUCACCUGAAGACUAGAUUACGAACGACUGAUAUUCAAAAGCCUCUUCACGAUUGAAGAAUUGAAGAUAGAUUUUCCGGCAGUAUUUGGAGAUAGUGAGCCGCACUUCAUUCAAGAGAACGUUUCAUUAUUGUUUUUGUCUGGAAAAAUUGUAAAUGAACCAAAUAUAUCUCUUUCAAUAAGGUAAAGAAACCAGAGUUCAGCAGCAGCAGCUUAUCAGCAACAACUGGAGAGAAAAUAAGCAUAUAUUUUUCUGACAGGAACGAAAAUGGUAGAUCGUUUUACCACAAAUAACAGUUCGUCAGUUUUCGCUUUAACUGGAAAAACUGAAGUAGAAGUCACAGAUUGCGAUGGCAAGUGGGUUUAUGGAGGCUUUAUGUUCUUUGUUCUAUCUGUUGGGAUUUUGGGGAACGUUUUAACAAUCAUCGUAUUUCUACAACGAGAACAGAGAUCUAAAGCCAUCGCACCGUUCGUCAUCAACCUGGCUGUUGCAGAUCUUUUUAUCGUAGUGUUUGGAUACCCCGUCGCUAUUACCGCGAAUUUGUCCUGCAGAAAAAUCACCACAGGUCAAUCGAGAUGUACCUGGUCGGCAUUUGUUAACGGUGCAAUAGGCAUUGCAUCUAUUGUAAUGUUGACUGAAAUAAGCGUAUUAAUUUGUUAUAACAUCACCUCCAUGAAACCACAUCUUUACAGAUCGGAAUUUACUUCAAAAACGUUUAAGACCCUGGCUUUAUCUGGAGCGUGGAUUUAUGGGAUUUUGUCCAUGAGUCCUCCAUUGCUUGGCUGGAGUAGAUUUGUUCCAGGUUCAGCAGGGAUCAGCUGUGGUCCUGAGUGGGGUUCCAAUACUUUCGAGGCAUUGACCUACAACAUUGCACUGCUGAUCGUAGGGUUUUUUCUACCCAUGACAAUCAUCCUUAUUAGCUACUACAAAAUCUACAGUUCCCUGACUCUCAAUGCUAUGUUAGCACAACAAAAAGCCCUAUUACAACGAAGACGCCAUUCCAAGUUGAAAGUAGCUCGUAUGAUAGGAAUAGUAGUGUUGGCAUUCGUCGUCAGUUGGUCGCCAUAUUGCAUCGUCAGCAUCGUAGCUAUCUUUAAGAGUACUAAUAUCCUCAGUAAAGGUGAAGCUGAAAUCCCCGAAUUGAUGGCCAAAGCUUCAGUGAUUUAUAACCCUCUAGUUUACGCAUCGAUGAGCUCUGGGUUCAAAAAGACAGUAAAACGCCUUUUGAGAGACUGGCCCUGCCACCGUGUGGACAAAAGAGACAGUCAAGCGUCUCCAGAUAAGGACAUGAUAACGACAAAGCUUCAGAUCAUCAGACUGGGCAACCUUUCGAGUAGGGAGAGCAUUAAUUAUGUGUGAAUGAAAUAGGUUAUUCAUUCAAGGUUUUAAAAAGGAACCUUACUCACUAUAAAUUUUUCAGCGGCGUUAUAGUCAAGCGUCUCCAGAUAAGGACAUGAUAACGACAAAGCUUCAGAUCAUCAGACUGGGCAACCUUUCGAGUAGGGAGAGCAUUAAUUCUGUGUGAAUGAUAUAGGUUAUUCAUUCAAGGUUAGAAAAAGGAACCUUAGUCACUAUAAAUUUUUCAGCGGCGUUAUAGCCAUGCCUUUUGCUAGUAAAUAUAGAUACACAAAAUAAAUAAUGCAAAAACCUUGUUUCGAUUCCCAAAAAAGGUUAUCUUAUGAUAAUUUACCAAAAUUAAGUAAAAACUAUAUUAUUGUGUUGAGCUUUGUGCUUCAAGUUCAACUUUAGCUAUUUUUUGAGCGCCAUAGAAAUACGCCUAUUUCAAAAAACGUUGUCAUCGCCGAUUUGAAGGCUAUCGCCGAUAGGUCAUUACGACAUGGAAAUGUUUGUUUGUUUUAAUACAAAGAACAUUGAAUCAGUCUCAACACGAAGGUCCAUGUUCUUGUCGAGAAUAAGAAGCAGAAACACAAGUCAUUCCAGCUAUUCUAGGAUCUUGGAUUGGCCUAACUUCUAUCGCUUUUAGCCUUGUCUUUCGCCUUUGCCGAUGACAACAGUUUAUUUAUUUAUUUUUUAAUUUUUUGAAAUAGGUGUAUAUAAUACGUUGACCGCUCGCAGUCCUAUGAGCACAACCAAUUUGCUAUAUAGAAUAUCUCAGAAUUUGAAAAAAAAAAGUCGUUUCAAUUGCUCACAGUCAUGUAAAAAGAAUAGAAAAUUGCUUUAUUAUCCUUGAAGAACCCUUGUAAACAGAUACUGCGUGGUUGUUUGCAAGACAAUAUUUUAUUUCCACUUGGAAAAAUUGGGCAACAGUGAUUUCUUCUCUAUUGUCUGAGUUGGAACCGUGAAUGUGCUGAAAUAUUGAGGUUCUUGACCAUUCAAAUUUGCACACUUGCAGGCCACCUAGACAUGUUUUAAACCAAGGCCUUGCUUUAUUGAAAAUGUCUAAGAUAGAAAGCCAAUAAAAAAGAGAAGCAGCGA